AUGGUCGAGCUUAAGCGAGAUAACCCUAAUAGAUCAGAGAUUUGGUAUGCAAACAAGCAUAAUAAGAGUUUUAUAGUUUGGUUGAAACAAUACAUUCUUGAGAAGUUGACUGCCGAUUUUGAUUCAGUUUCUGAAAAAUUAAAAUGGUUGGUCGAGAUUGAGAAAAGUGGCAUGCCUGAUGAUGAUGUCUUCGGCAAGGCAUUGGGUAAUCCUGAACACCCUGGUCGAGUUAAGAAAGCAAGGUCAACAGAGGAUGUGGGUGUAAGGGCUGAGAUUGCCACCCUGAAAGAGGAGCUAUCUCGGCAAUGGGACAUGAUUGUAGCUUUGCUAAAGGACAAGGAGAGGCAGGAAGCAAAGUUUCAUAUUAGUCCUAGCGGGAAAGGUAGUUAUAAUGUCAUGCAGCCUAUUAAAAAUCUCCCUGAGGAUUUAAACUAUCCGGUACCUAUUCCCAUCGAGGAUGUAGGGAUUGUUGGAGAGUUUUCUGUUAAGGACCCUUACAAUUACUUGGCUAAUUGGUCCAACUCUUCUUCCAUUUGCAAUUGGGUUGGGGUUACGUGUGAUGCUUACCAUGAGAGAGUAAUAGCCUUGAAUCUUGGUGAGAUGGGUCUCAAGGGAACUUUGCCCUCAAAAAUUGGGAAUUUGUCUUUCUUGGUUGAACUUGACCUUCAUAGUAACAACCUUUAUGGUGAGUUGCCAAAAGAGUUGAUCCAAUUACACAAGCUACAAAUUCUCAACUUGAGCUACAAUGAAUUCAAGGGAGAAAUUCCUACUUGGAUUGGAAGCUUAUCCAUGCUUCAACACUUCCAUCUCUGUAACAACAGUUUUGGAGGUGUUAUUCCUAAAAGCAUAUCCAAUUUGUCAAAGUUAGAGACUUUGAACUGGAAUGAUAACUUUAUUGAAGGAUUCAUUCCAUUUGAGAUUGGAAAAUUUCAAUGUUUGAAGAUUUUACGGAUUGCGGUAAACAAGCUUUCAGGAAAAAUACCUCCAACUAUUUCCAACUUAUCCUCACUUGAGUUGUUGUCUUUGUCUCACAACUUCUUAACAGGAGACAUUCCGAUAGAGAUUGGCCUUCUUCAAAAUCUAAAAAUUCUAUAUUUGGGUGCUAAUAAGCUUUCUGGCCACAUACCAUCAAAUAUCUUCAAUAUAUCAGAGUUGCAAGAAAUUGAUUUAAGCUGGAAUAAUUUGUCAGGAAGUAUUCACUCUAAUAUGUGUCAUGGACUUCCAAAUUUACAAAUGCUACAUCUUCAGGACAAUGAAUUAUCAGGAGCCCUGCCAUCUAAUUGGAUACAAUGCAAAGAGCUCAAAGACUUACAAUUAGAAUACAACUCUUUGAUAGGUGAUAUACCAGAAGGUAUUGGAAAACUGGAUAUGCUUCAAGAGCUAUAUCUUAAUCAUAAUAAUUUACAAGGCCAUAUACCAAAAGACAUCGGAAACUUGACCAAGCUUCAAUUGUUAUAUCUUAAUUACAAUAACUUGGAAGGCCAUAUACCAAAAGACAUCGGAAACUUGACCAAGCUUCAAUUGUUAUAUCUUAAUGACAAUAACUUGAAAGGUAUGGUAUAUCCAACAAAUCAUAGCAUUGUUAUGUUUGUUUUAUCUGCAUCGAAAUUGCAAGAAAUAUCCCUAAUAAGCCAUCUUUCUUGUGUCUUUACCACAUACGUGGGAAAUAUUCUCAAUAGAUAA